AUGAGGCCAUUUAGUUUUGUACCUCUGCUCGCCUCAAUCAUAAGCAUCGUUCCCACCACUUAUUCUCUCGCAACAUAUUCUACUUCCUCUAGUGGUCCCUCGUAUUCUGUCGGAAUCUCUUCAAGCAACUCAAACAAUGUCUACUUUCAACUCGCGGCCCCUUCGUCAUAUCAAUGGGUCGCCCUCGGCAUUGGUUCCCAAAUGUCCGGAAGUACCAUCUUCGUCAUGUAUGCCGACGGCACCGGAAACGUGACCCUCUCCCCUCGAAAAGGCACCGGGGAAGUCGAACCCCAAUUUGAUAGUAGCAUGACCAUCGAAUUACUUUCCGGCAGUGGUAUCGUGGACGGAAAUAUGAUCGCCAAUGUCCUCUGCACAAGCUGUGCUUCCAAAUUAUCAUCCACUACAUCGACAUCAUCAAAUUGGAUCGCGGCGUGGAAUUCUGGGGCUGCACUAGAUACCACGGAUACUUCGGCAAGUAUUCAGCAACAUUCGGGAUCGAAUCAUCAGCAAUUCACCUUUGAUCUCUCGCAAGCGCAGUUGAGUACCGACGCAAACCCCUUUACGUCAACAGCUGCAGCAACAACUUCGGCAUCCGGAUCCGGAUCCGGAUCCGGUGGUAACUCCUCGGGAUCAUCUAGUUCUUCCGUAUCCAGCGGAUCUUCUCCCGUGCAAACAUACGACAAAGCGCACGGAAUAAUCAUGGGUGUAACAGUCGUGUUACUGUUCCCCCUCGGCGCCCUCUCCAUGCGAAUAUUCGGUCGACCAUGGCUCCACGCCGCUCUCCAAAUCUUCUCAUUCAUCUUCCUAAUCGUAGGUCUCGGAUUGGGAAUCAAACUUGCGGGUUUAAAAUAUGGCCCAUUUGACGCUUCCUCUCUGAAUACUCGUGCCAUAUUUGAUGAAGUUACUAGGAGACAAUUUGAUGGUUUUGGUUCGUCGGGUUUUCCGUCGGGUACGUUGACUGGGACUCCUCCUUGGGGUACUGCUACCGCUACUGGGACUGCUGGAUAUACUCGACCGACGUCGAAUUCUGGGUCUGGGUCUGGAUCCGGAUCAUCAAAUUCUGGCACUGCUGCCCUUACAGGCGCGGCUGUGACCCCAACGCUAGGCACCACUAUAACAAACACCACGCACAUGAUCUUCGGCAUCAUUCUCGUCGUGUUAUUUUUCAUCCAACCCUUCCUCGGCCUAAUCCACCACUGGCGCUACAUGAAAAUGCAAAAGCGAGGAAUGUUUGGAUGGAUGCAUUUAUGGUACGGCAGAAUACUAAUCGUGCUCGCUGUCAUUAAUGGGGGUUUGGGAUUGAGGUUGGCGGGCAAUACGAAGAGUGGAGAGAUUGCUUAUGGUGUGGUUGCGGCAGUGAUGGGGUUGUUUUAUAUUGGGGUUGUGGUUUUGACGGCGAUACGGAAGAGGAGGGGGGUAGCGGGGGGUCGAAGAUUUGAGACUUUGAGUAGAGUACAGUGGGACUUUAUGGGAUGGGUGGGGGUGGCGUGGGGUAGAUUCUUUGGAUGGGUAAGGGCCUGUUUGGCUCGGUAG